AUGGUGUCUGACAUCACAGAGAUCGACCCCUUAGCUGAGGAAUUCUCUCAUCAACUUCUACAAAUAGGAAGUGGCGCCUUACCGUUGAAUAACACCCUGCUGCAGCAUGUACUGCAAUGUGGGCACAUAGUGUCUACAUUGGCCGAGCUUAAAGAAAAGGUAUUUCCCACAUUGCAAGACAACUUCAAAAACAUAGCAUGGUUCGCAGAGAGAACAGUUUUAGCACAUCGGAAUGAAAGUGUUAAUAAAGUAAACCAUGAACUCCUCCACGUUCUACCUGGAGAUGCUUCAACGUUUGUUUCCAUUGAUACUACCAUCGACGAACAUGCCGCUGUUGAGUAUUCAGUUGAAUUUCCCAACUCUCUACAACCCACAGGACAGCCACCGCAUAAGUUGUUCCUAAAGAAAGAUGUACCUAUCAUGCUCUUGAGGAAUUUGGACCCACCACAACGAUGCGAUGGUACAAGAUUGAUUAUAACUACAAUGAUAAGUCAUGUCCUACAAGCAACCAUUAUUGCCGGCUGCCAUCGAGGAGAGAUUGCAUACAUUCCAUGUAUGCCCCUUAUUCCCUCAAAUGUGUCAUUUCAAUUCAAGCGCCUCCAGUUCCCGGUGCGAUUGUGUUUCCCUAUGGCAAUCAACAAAUCCCAGGGUCAAACUUUAAAAAUUAUGGGUCUCAAUUUACAACUACCCUGCGUUUCUCAUGGACAAUUAUAUGUUGCAUGCUCUCGAGUUAACAGUGCAGAUAACUUGUAUAUUUAUUCUACCAAAACUGGACUUACGCACAACAUAGUUUACCCAGAAGCAUUGUCGGCUUCGCUUGACAUAUGUUGA